AUGGCCACCACAGCACCGAAAUUAGAUGAGCGAAAGAAUGAGGAGAAGAACCAAGAAGAGAGCUCGAUUCACGAGCUAUCCUGUUCCUCUACCACUCCUUUAUCGCCUGGUAAUGCAGAGUCAGAGGUAGUCUACACAAUUGACGACGAAAAGGUCCCAGACAAGACACAUUCGGAGGAACAAUCAGGAUCAAGCCUUCGUCUUCUAGUCUGGAUGACAAUCAACAUUGUGUCUACUGUAGCCAUCGUUUUCACCAACAAGUCUGUCCUCUCGCAUGCCAUGCUUCGAAACUCCCAGGUAUCAUUUGCUGCAUAUCACUUCACGAUCACUGGAGUGACCCUCUGGAUCACCUCUCGACCCUGGUGUGGCUGGUUCGAGCCUAAACAUGUCUCUGCAUAUCGCAUCCUCCAUCUUGUUGCAGCCAUGUGCAUCCAAGUGAUAUUCCAGAAUCUUGCACUCGCACACUCUUCUGUUAUCUUUCACCAGCUGGCGCGAUUACUUCUUACGCCUGCAACUGCGCUGCUGAACUACAUCCUUUAUCAAUCCAGUAUCCCUCGCGCCGCAUUCCUGCCUCUCAUUGUACUCUGCACUGGCGUGGGGGUUGUCUCGUACUACGAUUCUGUACCAACCUCAAAGAGCACUGAAUCGACCUCAGCGCAGGGCAUUUUCUUCGCCCUCUCCGGUGUCUGUGCCAGUGCCAUGUACACCGUGCUGGUGGGCCGCUAUCAUAAGAAGCUGCAGAUGAGCAGCAUGCAGCUUCUGCUUAACCAGGCGCCUAUCAGCGCAGCUGUUUUACUCUGCAUUGCCCCUUGGAUGGAGACUUUCCCAACCGUCUCAUCUGUGCCGGAGUCCCUGUGGCUGUCUAUCUUGGCGAGCGGCAUUAUGGCAUGUCUGGUCAACCUCUCUCAAUUUUACAUCAUCGACGCAGCAGGGCCAGUUACCAGUACUGUCAUCGGCCAAUUGAAGACCUGCAUAAUCGUAGGGCUAGGUUGGAUUCUGUCAGAUCAUGUAGUGUCACAUCAGAGCGUAGCAGGAAUCCUGAUGGCCUUGACGGGAAUGAGUUUGUAUAUGAAAAUAAUUCUCAAGCAUCAGAAAUGA